AUGAAGGCUGACUCUCCGCGUGACACGGUGUCGAUUGCUGUGUACACCAAGUUGCCAUCUUCUGAAUCUGAGCUGUCUCAUUUCUCACGAAACUACAGCGUGGUGAUUUGCCGGUACGAUCGUCCCGACGACCUGGACAACGAGGAGGCCGUACUGGCGGGGUACUGCAAUCCCCAGUAUGAGAGCGUCGAAGUGGUGAACUACUGCGUGUUCACGGACACGGACAUCUGGGACAACGUGGAGCAGUCGGACCUGGCCAACUACCUGUCGAGCUUCAUCGCGGACGUGAUCACGGCGAGGGCCUACGUCUUCGGGUUCGGGUUCGGCGUGGCGACGCUGGUGGCGUUCGUCUACAUCGGACUGCUCCAGAUACCGUUCCUUGUGGCCAUCCUGGUGUGGUCCUGCGUGCUGCUGGUGCUGCUGUGCCUGCUGGGGUUGGGGUACGGGCUGUGGGUCACGGCCGUGGACUGGGACGACGACGGGACCAAGGAGGACUAUAUCGUCACGGCAGCCUACGCCUGCGCCGUGGUUGCGUGGGUGCUAGCCUUCUUGUGGACGUGCCUCUUCUGCUUCUUGGCCAAGAGGAUAGCUCUCGCGAUCGGAGUAAUCAAGGAGGCAGGGCGGUCGAUAGCAAGCAUGCCCAUCAUCGUGUUUUGGCCUGUCGUUGAACUGGUUGCGUCGAUCGCGUUCGUGGCUAUCUGGAUGUACUACGCGGCCUACACGGCCAGCCUGGGGGACAUCACGACGAAGACCGUCGAGAGCGACACGGGCGGAUAUGAUUUGUCCUACAAGGUGUAUGACUUCGACCAGCAGGUUCAGUACCGGGGAUGGUUCCUGCUGUUCUGCCUCUUCUGGACCCUGAACUUCAUCACGGCCAUGGGACAGAUCGUGAUCGCCAUGUCGGUCGCCUCUUGGUACUUCGCCCGGCACAAGAGCCACGUCGGGUCGUUGACGGUGGUCUCUUCCGUGGGAAAGACGUUCACCUUCCACAUCGGGACGGCGGCCUUCGGUGGCCUCAUCGUCGCUAUCGUUGAGACUGCCAUCUUCUCUACGAACUUCUGCACCUCGGCGAGAAACGCCUUCUACCUCAUCGCUAGGAACAUCGCAAGGGUCGCGGCGGUGUCUAUCCUGGGGGAGUUCGUCCUCAACGUCAUGACGCUGUUCGUGUGCGUCGUGACGACGCUCGGGGUGUACGUCGCCAUGGACUCGAACAUCCGGUCGCAGCUGAACUCGCUCGUGGGCCCGACCAUCAUGACCGCCGUGCUGGCGUACUACACGGGCAAGAUGGUGACCGGCGUGUACGGGAUGGCGAUCACGACCAUCCUCCAGUGCUUCGUCGCCGACGAGGAGCUCUUCCCGCCGUCGCAGCAGUUCGCCGAGAACGACCUGAGGGGCUGGGUCGACAAGCACGGGGCGCCGACGGAGGUGGACUCGGGGCCAAGACAGCAGUCCUCCGGGACAGGGGCGAACCAGUUCGCUUUCUCGUAGACGUGGAAGAAGCACCUUCUUGUAAGACAGACGUGGAACCCCUUCUCGUGGAGGGAGGUUGUUGUUUGAGAGAGCCGGCGGUACAGAUGGUUCGUGAGCUGUGGCGGUGUAGCCGCAAGAGUUGUGGUGUUGUGCGGGUAAAUAAGGGACAAAUACACCGCGUUUUUUUUCUUUUUGUCGCUUGUGUGUUUCUCUGUCGUUGUGGAUUGUACGUGUUGUGUGCAUCCCGUAGGUUGUUCUUCUUUUCUUUUGUCUUGUUUGGCCGUUUGGUUUUGACUUGCAAGGGGAUCCGGUUGAUUUCCAAUAGCUGCAAGUAUGAGGGGAUCGGCUUGGGAUACGUGGAAGUUUUCCCUCGAACGAACCCUCCCCCUCCCCUCAAGAAGGCCGUUCUUUUCUCGCGGGAAUUCUCGUUGCACUUGUCGUCGGUGAUAAAAAAUGAAAAUGUUUGGUGUGUAUUGGGUUUUUAUUGAUGUUUCUUGGCGGCUUCUGCUGAAAACUUGAUUUUCAGGAGGCCGGUCAGUUUCCUUUUCAUUCCUGUAUGGCGUUUAAUCGUAUUUUUCGUGUUAUGUUGUGCGGCAUGAUAGACUUGCAACCCGUCGGCACAACAGGAGUUUGAUUGUACGGGCACCGGGUUCUUGGAGAUUGAGCACAGUAUAGUAGGGGAGAAAACGCGGCCGGGGUGCGGUCGAAGACAUAUUUUCGGGCGGCCGAAGGAAUGGGCGUGUGCUGCAAGCCCCCGGUCGCGUUGUCUUCCCGCAGCCCACUCAUUGCCGCAGCGUAUACCCGGCUGCGACUAGGUCUCCCGAUAGCAGCGAGUUUCACAGGCGCGAAAGUAGUCAGUUCGUUGUGUAGUCGUGGCUCGCGCGUGUUUCACCCACACCACCGGUUGCUGAUGAUGGGUGUAUCUCGAACUCCUGCUUGUACACCUACUGCUGUGAAUGCCGAAGGCUGCAACGAUGCGCCUUCGACUUGUGACAUGUAAGAAGGGUUUAUGUUGCUUUUGUCGACUGAGAGGUGUUUCGAAGCUUCCCUUGUGUCUUGACGCGUAUAGUCGUCGAUGGUGUUGCCGUCAUCGGUUGGUUGGUGGUAGUGGUGGGUAUGGGGCAGGAGCUAAUAUAAUGGAAUUUUUGCCA